AUGCGAUUCCUCGGAGCGGGGCGUUGUAGCGCCGUGUUCGCCCUGUCGGACGAGGCAAGGGACGGAGAGGCACUCGAGCAAUGCGGCACCGUUCCGCCCAGGCUUUUGCGGCAUGUUGCGCUGCGGGUUAGCAGAGCGACCACCGCUGAGUGCCCCACGUGCUGCCAGGCUUUGGUGGAUUUUGUCGGCUUCAGGCACGAGGUUCGGUUGACGGACAGCUUGAGGGCCUACUGCGCCGCCGCCUACCCGCUGCUGGCGGAGCACUGCGGAGCGGCGGUUCAGGCACAUCUCAUCCCCAACUAUGCGCUCAGUCCGGCUGCUCUCUUUAACGGCAGCGGAUGCGUGAGUGGUGGUGAAGGCAAAACACGAUGGGCUGCGGUNAACUAUGCGCUCAGUCCGGCUGCUCUCUUUAACGGCAGCGGAUGCGUGAGUGGUGGUGAAGGCAAAACACGAUGGGCUGCGGUUGAAAUUAAACCAAAAGGUGUCUGGAGACCCCCGCGUGUGGUGGGCAUUGUCGUGGAUGGUGUCGAGCACUACCUGCACCCCGUCAAACUACAACAGUGCCGUUUUUCGCUCAUGCAUGUGCUGAAACAUGAACGACAAAAUAAAGGAGCUACGAGGUUGAACGUCCCCGGUAACGCCUACUGCCCCAACGAGCUAUUUCUAGGGGAUCAGCUGUCUGUUGCAGCUGCCCUUUUGCAUUUGCAGCGAAAUCCUGCCAACAACUUCCGCACUAUUGACCCAGACGGCUUCGCGGACGAACUAGGCGAAGGUGAACUGAGCCUUGUAGCCGCGGCCUUGCAUCGAUCAGGAGUUCUCCCUAUAUUGACAAAUUUGCAGCAGUAUGGUAGCGGUACCAGUUUUGACUGGGAGGUGCUAGAUGCCGAGCUUUUGUUUCCAUGGAGCACUGCGUGUGAUGCGUCCAGUGUGCGGUGGAUUGUGCUUGAUUUUCACUCUCCCUGGGAUGGGAGUGGGGACUGCGCCUGCCAGAGUGGAAUCCAUGACAAGUUACAGCGAGGUGAGUUGAGAAGUGCGGACAGAUGUACAACACGUCAAGUUGUGCCGCCGGUUUCUCUAGAGGAGUGUGUUGACCGCUUCUACGCAUCGACCACAGCAAAGGAUGCAUCGGUAGUGGUCGCGUUAUCAACUAUCGAGGGGGGAACACCACCAGGAGGAGGAAGAGAAUCAACAGGGGCGUCUCUUUGGGGGCAGGUGGAAAUCGCGCAAUGGAAGAGUUGUUAUGGAGGUGUUGUUGUGGAUUUCGGGUUUCCAGCUGAGGGUGUCUGUCGUGUCGGCGUUGUGGACGUGGAUGCGAAGCGACAUAAACCUCUCAGCCAUUAUUUCGCGCUUGAUCAAGAAGUUCUCGCGGCGUGGGAUCGGUGUAAAGUUGCAGUCGCUGCUCCUUGUCGUUAUGCAGCAGUGGAUAUGAGGUGA